AAGCCGAGCAGGGUUUGGAGCUAAGGCAGCGGGGAGUGGGGACAGCGCCGUCCGCUGCGAUGAUUCCCCCGCAGGAGGCUUCCGCCCGGCGGCGGGAGAUCGAGGACAAACUAAAGCAGGAGGAGGAGACGCUGUCGUUUAUCCGAGACAGCCUGGAGAAGAGCGACCAGCUCACUAAGAACAUGGUGUCUAUCCUGUCGUCCUUUGAGAGCCGACUCAUGAAGCUGGAGAAUUCUAUCAUCCCCGUGCACAAGCAGACCGAGAACCUGCAGAGGCUUCAGGAGAAUGUGGAAAAGACGUUAUCCUGCCUGGACCAUGUUAUCAGCUACUACCACGUAGCCAGCGACACGGAGAAGAUCAUCCGAGAGGGCCCCACAGGUCGGCUGGAAGAAUACCUGGGAAGUAUGGCCAAGAUCCAGAAGGCUGUGGAGUAUUUUCAGGACAACAGCCCAGACAGCCCAGAGCUCAACAAAGUGAAGCUGCUGUUUGAGCGAGGGAAGGAGUCACUGGAGUCGGAGUUCCGCAGUCUGAUGACCCGGCACAGCAAGGUGGUCUCCCCUGUGCUCAUCCUGGAUCUCGUCAGUGCUGAUGACGAACUGGAGGUCCAGGAGGAUGUGGUCCUGGAGCAUCUGCCUGAGAGCGUGCUCAAAGAUGUGGUCCGCAUCUCCCGCUGGCUGGUGGAAUACGGUCGGAACCAAGACUUCAUGAAUGUCUACUACCAGAUCCGCUCCAGCCAGCUGGACCGCUCCAUCAAGGGUCUGAAGGAGCAUUUUCGCAAAAGCAGUUCCUCCUCUGGGGUUCCCUACUCCCCCGCCAUCCCCAAUAAGAGGAAAGACACGCCCACCAAGAAGCCCAUCAAGCGGCCAGGGACGAUCCGUAAGGCUCAGAACCUUCUGAAACAGUAUUCCCAGCAUGGUCUAGAUGGGAAAAAGGGGGGCUCUAACCUCAUUCCUCUGGAAGGUCACGAGCAUGAUUUCCGAGUUAAGCACCUGUCGGAGGCCCUGAACGACAAGCACGGGCCACUGGCUGGGAGAGACGACAUGUUGGAUGUGGAGACGGACGCCUACAUUCACUGCAUCAGCGCCUUUGUCAAGCUGGCCCAGAGUGAAUACCGGCUGCUGAUGGAAAUCAUCCCUGAGCAUCACCAGAAGAAAACCUUUGACUCCUUGAUACAGGAUGCCCUGGAUGGGCUGAUGCUUGAAGGGGAGAACAUUGUGUCUGCUGCCAGGAAAGCCAUCAUCCGCCAUGACUUCUCCACAGUGCUCACUGUCUUCCCCAUCCUGCGGCACCUCAAGCAGACCAAGCCUGAGUUUGACCAGGUGCUCCAGGGCACAGCAGCCAGCACAAAGAACAAGCUGCCGGGCCUCAUCACUUCCAUGGAGACCAUUGGGGCCAAAGCUCUAGAAGACUUUGCUGAUAACAUCAAGAAUGAUCCAGACAAGGAAUACAACAUGCCGAAAGACGGCACCGUUCAUGAGCUCACAAGCAACGCCAUCCUGUUCCUACAGCAGCUUCUCGACUUCCAGGAGACAGCAGGUGCCAUGCUGGCCUCCCAAGUUCUUGGGGACACAUACAAUAUUCCUUUAGACCCCCGAGAAACCAGCUCUUCGGCCACCAGCUACAGCUCCGAGUUCAGCAAGCGGCUGCUGAGCACCUACAUCUGCAAAGUCUUGGGCAACCUGCAGCUGAACUUACUAAGCAAGUCCAAGGUGUACGAGGAUCCAGCGCUGAGCGCCAUCUUCCUACACAACAACUACAACUACAUCCUCAAGUCCCUGGAGAAGUCCGAGCUGAUCCAGCUGGUGGCUGUGACCCAAAAGACUGCUGAGCGUUCCUACCGGGAACACAUCGAGCAGCAGAUCCAGACCUACCAGCGCAGCUGGCUAAAGGUGACUGACUACAUCUCGGAGAAGAAUCUACCUGUGUUCCAGCCUGGAGUCAAGCUUCGGGACAAGGAGCGGCAGAUGAUUAAGGAACGUUUCAAGGGGUUCAAUGAUGGACUCGAAGAACUGUGCAAGAUUCAGAAGGCCUGGGCCAUUCCAGACACAGAGCAGAGAGACAAGAUUCGACAGGCUCAGAAAAACAUUGUCAAGGAGACCUAUGGGGCCUUUCUGCACAGGUAUGGCAGCGUGCCCUUCACCAAAAACCCGGAGAAAUACAUCAAGUACCGCGUGGAGCAGGUGGGCGACAUGAUUGAUCGCCUUUUCGACACCUCUGCUUGAGUCUGCCAGUGUUUCUGCCCAGUUCUACCGGCAUGCCUAGCAUGUCAUCGGACUCAUAAACCAGUGGUAACACACUUC